CGCAUCUCCGAAGGCUUGCAUGAAGCUCAUGCCACAUAGUGGGUCAGAACCAAGCACGCGGUCUAUUAUAUUCAGCCCUACCAUCCUUUAUUUCAGCCCUACGGGAGAGUUUAUGCCUUUAUGGCGGACCCGUCACUCGAAAGGGGUGCACUCAACGCUUACCCGGCGACUCGUUGGAGAACAUGCCUGAAGGUUUGCUUCAGAAUUCUCGCACAUCUCGUGUCGAGAGGAUGACCACGUCUUGCGGAGAGUGUAGGAGACGGAAACAAAAGUGUGACCACGGACAGCCCUGUAACAACUGUGCCCGCAGGUUUCCUCAACCGGCGUGCGAAUACAAGCACGACAGACGAGUACCAUCGUCUUCACCCUCGCCCUUACCUCGUCUCACCGGGCAACUGAAGCGAAGAAGGUCCCCCGGCUCUGCUUUUCGCGGUAAUCGCGGUAGUUCUGCUGCUCUGCCGGAGAUCUCACCCCAGCCAUGGACCUUGGUGGAAAGGGGGAAACCAGGGACAUCAUCUGGCAUGGUCACCACAACCACAACCACAACCACAACCACAUGCGCAUGCCCCAACGCAUUACACCCCCUGUGGAGCUCGGCUUGGGCGAGUAAUCGGGAAGACGAUGCCCUCUCGCCGGGGAGCACGCCUUGGCCGUACGAACCUGACUUGAAGACCUCCGGUGACGCCCUAUCUGAAGCUCUGCGCCUCCUCAUGCGACACUACGCCAUCCCUGAGAAGUUUCGCGGAUACGGCAACUCUAUUUUGGAUUCCGACUACAUCAAUGCUUUCAUGGCCUGGAGUACAUUGUCGACUGCGGGCAUCCCCUGGCCAGUCGCAAGGUUGGUUGAGGAACCGCAACAACUACAUUGGACGACAGCAGUCGGGGCGACCCAUCCCCCUGGAAGCCUUCCGGGGUGCUUCCAGGCGCCUUUCCCUAUUCUCAGCAUUGCUGAUCUCCUCCGAAUCGACUUGGGCCUCUUCGAUUAUUUGGAGAGUUCGGUCAACAACGACCGGGAUGUCAAGCAACUACGCACCAGAGUGCAUGUGACCAGACGCAACGAUUCACACAUAACCCAAAACUCCUUGCUUUUGCAAAUUCUUCUAUAUACCACUGCUUGUUAUCUUGGCGAAGCCGGAAGCAUUCCUAGGACCCUCGUUAUUGCUCACAGAGGUCGGGCCAUUCACAUACUCAACCAGCACCUCCACUCGGAUUCGGGCCAAGCCAGCGAGUCUUCCAUCGCUGGAGUGAUCCAACUCAUUUCGAAUGAGUGGUACUGGGGAGAGAUGCGAGAUGUCCGGGCACAUCUUCGGGGUCUUCGCGAGAUGAUACGCCUCAGGGGCGGGUUCGCUCACCUGGGUAUGGACGGUUUUCUGGCGAAGAACGCUAUAGCUCACGAUGUGUCUAUUUCUGUAGCCCACGAAACCAUCCCCUUUCUCCAAGACGGGCCUGAAUUUGCAUUCGAGAACCCGGACAACAACCCACUGAAAACCUCGCACAACUCGCCCUUGGUGGGAUACCUACCUUCGUUUUCCGAAUCUAGCCACCUGCUCGGUCUCCAUCCGGCGACGGCGAGGAUCUUAGACGAUAUGCGUUUCUUAUUUAAUGCUGUGCUCUGGCUCCCCGAACACCCGACACCGCAGCAGUUACGCAAGGUCAAGACAACUUCCGAAUGGAUGCAUAACCGUCUCCUACAUCUGAACCCCAUCACCGGAAGCCCACAUCCAUCCUCAAGGAGACCGUCACCUUCGGAGGAAGAAACCUCGCUGCGGGGCUCGAAUGCAAUGCGCCGCGGAAGAAGCCCGCUAGGCGUGGCGGAUAAGGGGGCCGGGGCCAGUGGCGCCACGGGAAGGAGUUUGACCCCCAUCCCGACCACCCGAGGGGAUGCCGCGGUUUACCCCACAGGAGGACGAGCUUCUUCACAUCUGGGCAAUGUGGUAUACUCCUACGAAGGGUCUCUCGACCCCACCCUCGGCCUCGACGCGCGGGCGUCUUCGGAACCCACGGAGCGACCGGACUACCUCUACCGGACAGUCCGGUUGGCCGCGCUGGCCUACAGUCGUGCCAUCAUGACGCAAACUCCCAUCAGCCAGGCAUGUACAGCGUCCGAGUUCCUGGGCAUGUGGAAUGCGACGCGGCGUGUGCCCCUCGCGACCUGGAAAGCGGUGGCGGGGGUGUUCCACUGGGUCAUGCUGGCCAUGGCGCCCGCCUGUCCGGGGUCGGCUCAGGCGCGGCUUGUCAAGAGCAUGCUAGUGAUGUCCGUUCUGAAUUUGGGGCUGGAGAACUGGCAGCUUUUGACGGAGGCAGCGGGUGCGGGGUUGCGCGUCCAGGGAUGGUUGAGCCGGGGGGGGGGGCUAGCCUCGGACGGUGGUGGCGGUACAUCGUCUCUCGUUGAAGGCGGACAACGAUGACCGCCACCGUCGAUAAGCGUGGGGAGGCGCCACCAACACGAAAGGGGGGGAGGGGGGUUUCGUAGUGUCGGCAUGGAACUGAAUCAAUGCAGCAGGCCUGCAUAUGAGACGUUCCCUCGCAGGCGGGUCCUGUGGAG